GGCACAGAGGGUGGACUGGACAGACAUUGAACACCCACCCCCCCGGUGUUGUGACGUAGCAGGCCCGUAUCGCCUAGCGAGGCAGCUGAUUUUCCACCAUGGGAGAACGCAAGGUUCUGUGCAAGUACUUUCCGCCGGACUUUGACCCCAAGAAAGUCCCGAGGCUGAAGAGGGAUCCCGAGAAGCAGAUUGGCGUCCGGAUGAUGAUCCCCUUCUCCAUGCAAUGCAACACCUGCGGGGAGUUUAUGUACAGGGGCAAGAAGUUCAACUCCCUGAAGGAAGACUGCAUCGGCGAGGACUACCUAACCAUCCGGAGGUUUCGCUUUUACAUCAAAUGCGUCAUCUGCAGCCAGGAGAUUACUUUCAAGACGGAUCCCGAAAAUGGAGACUACGAGCUGGAGACGGGUGCCUCUAGGAACUUCGAAUCGUGGACUGACAAGCAGGCAACAGAAAAGAAGCACAAGGAGGCCAGGGAAGAAGAGGAGAAGAGCGACAACAUGAAGCAACUCGAGAAUCGGACGCUGGACUCGAAGAUUGAGCUGGAGAUCAUGGACGCCCUUGACGAGAUCAAGUCCGUGAACAGGAGGCACGAAACAGUGAACACGGAGGACUUGCUCAAGGCGUCGGCCGCCAGGAGGAACAAGAGCGUUGCUGACAAGGGUGGCGCGGGCGCUGUCGAAAACGCCGCGGUCGACGCAAUGAUUGCCAACAUCCAGUUUGGCGGCUCCAAGGUUCGUCGAUUGGUGGACGCCGACGAGGACAACAGCGACGGCGCAAGCGAUGCUGCGACGGAUGCGAACAGAACCAAAUCCCCCAGUAAAAGCUUGAAAGGGAAAGGGAAAAAGCGCGCCGUCGUCGGAGGAGGAGACGGUAGCGGCUCGGAGGCACAAAACAGGACACACACGUUUCAACGAGCGCGAAAAUCUGGUGCAUCGUCUUCUAGCACUGGGGAUUCUCAAGAGGAGGAGGAGGGCGAAGGGGCUGGUGAAGCGGAAAGGGCACACUCCGCGGGGUCGGCGCUAGUGUCCGCGAUUGAGGCGCAGGCAAGGCGGGAAGCUGAGGCGAUGAAGGCGGCCGUCGCGGGAUCGGUGGGGACGAAGGUCGUCGUGAAGCACAAGAAGAAGCGGAGUAGUACCGGCAGCGGCGAAGCUGCAAGCGAGGUCACCGGUGAGCAGAAGGCGUCCAAGAAACGAAAAAAGCACAAGAGCAAGGAGGAAACCGACGCUGCUCGCAAGCAGAAUGGUGGCUCAGAGGCAGCAGCUGUAGCGCCGACACCAGCACCACCUGCGACCGGUGGUGCAGGGCUGGGUGGGUUGAACUUGUUGGGGUCAUAUGCUUCAUCUUCUGAUUCAGACGGUGGAACGACAUGACGGGGAAGGCACCUUGAGCGAUCGCGGACAGCUAUGCUACCCACAUCUGCAUCUUGUUGGAACACGCUUCAGAUGUCCCGUCGUGAGGGAGGCUUGCUUUUCCAUUCGGAAUGAUAGCUGUAGGGCUGCGAUGGCACACUCACGCGAGCUUUCUUUGCAGGAGGACUUCAGUUGGCAGCAUAUACCGGAGGCAGAUUGUGAAUCAGUAGUCGAUACGCGGAUAUCGAACGGACCCCGCGAAGAUACCCUUAAACAAGAGCGAAGAUUCGCAGUUAGAUACCCUAGGAACUAUUCGCAGAUGAUGAUCAGGAAGAACACCGUGCAGCACAGGCCGACCCUGGCGUCAGGCGCUUGCCGCUUGUGGCACGCACGCGGCGCUGCUGACCAAGUUCACCUGGUGCUGAUGACAUAGUCGGACGCCAAGUGAAAGGGCAAGGGCUUCGGUAAUGUAGCACAAGAUCCAUGUGCCACUAACUCGAUGUAAUGACAACAGGGAGUCCGGCGAGCUCAGGGUCUGGUUGUAAAUUCUACUUGCAGGUUUUCCUCACGAAGACGUGUGGUUUUGGAAGAGAGGCAUGAGAAGUUGAUAAACUAAUGUAGAUGCAACAACGGGUAGUAAUAGGUGCUGGCCGGCGAAUGAAUCACCUGCUGACAUUUUCAUAUCUCGAACGGGUAGUCUAGUUUUUCAAUGUUUACACUUAUGUUUCCCAGUAGUUUUAAUCCGUGAGUUGUAGUUUUCGUUUGUCAAAGCACCGCAGAAGGGCGGAUGUCAUCAACGGAACUUCAUUCAUGGGGGGCGCGACCCAGCGGCAGCAUAGUGGUGUCGCCAUAUUGCACUCCCGAUUGAACCAUGACCCUGUUGCCCUGAUAUGUAAAUACUGUAGAGUAGAGGCGGGUAUAAAAGGCCACUUAAGCCACACCCUGUGCUAAGAGCUUGCUCUUGAGCAGGAAAUCGAAUUUCGAUGAUAUUGCGGUAUCUAGCAAAAGGUGAGGUCACCCCCCGCCUACGUACAAAAAACCAAAAAAAAACGUCAACAUUGACGAGGUAGGGCUGGAGCCGUACAUCUGAGGUGCAGGCGUCAUUUUGACGGAAAACUACCCCCAGGGGUAUCAAAGGCCACUUUGGUCAUUGAUUGAUUUCGUACGUUUGGAAGCGUUUCAAGACCAAAAGUUGGUGGGCAUGCGUAAAAUACAACAGGAAUGACAAAAAAGUAAGA